CUGGCGCUCAGCGAGCGCCAUCUAGGCGCUCCUGGGCGCCGGGCCGACUCCGGUCGGCUUGGGUGGGGGACAUUGGGGUUUGCAACCUGCCUUUGGAAAUAGCCAGCCCGCGGGUGUCCCCUUUGCGUAGGAGGGACUGCGGGAGGGAAGCGGGGAAGGCAACUCCAGCCCGAGACUGAGUGAAAGGCGGAAACUUGAACUUUCCGGGCUGUUGUCUGCUUGUCUCUAAGAUGGGCAGAGCAAUCUUAAACUUGUCCCAUAAAGUUGUGAGGAUUCAGAGAGUUUGUUUACAGAACAGGUCUUGGCUUACAGGUGGUGCUCAAUCUAAGCUUGUGUUAUCAUUUGUUGGAUGGGAAACCUGAAUCUCAGGACCAGAAGAAAGGCUGUCUUCCCCCAAGCCUGGGGUGUGGGUAGGUUCUGUGGGACCUCCCUGUUAGAGCACUAACUUGAAAUCCAGGACUUUUCAAGAACUUUCUGAAACACCCCUCCCCCAACAUCCUAUUCUCCCGUUUUGAAGAAACUAAGGUUCAGGGAGGUUGAGUGACUGGCUUGAGGUCACAUAGCCUUUUUAGGAGCCUGUGCCGGGAUGUAUGGACCUUGGACCUCUCAUCUCCAGAGCCUUGACUUCCAGGUUCCCCUCUUCCCCUGUCUGCUCUGGCCUUUCCUAUUGUGGGGGCAAAAGACCCCAGACCUUGGGCUUCUGCCUAAUUUGGGGUCCCUAGGGACUUGAGCUUUGGUGGCCAAGGACACAGGGCAAGUGAGUUUUGAACUCCAGUUGUGUAUCCAACCCUGCUAGGGAAGGUGGGCAAAUCAUGCCUGUUUUACAGAUAAGGAAACAGAUGCAGAGAAGGAAGGCCUUGUGCCCACAGUCCCCCUUGGCCAUCAAAAGAGAGGGGCCUCCACUUACAAGUUCAUUUUUCCUCCAGGUCACCCUGGCUGCCCACUUUUUAAGGCUUCGAGAGCUGCUUUGGGGUUUGUUUUUUAACCAUGUGACCUCUCCUUGGUCCAACCUUCAGGAAGACGUUUCAGGAGAGGGGCCUGGAGAGAGAAGAGGGCUGAUAACUGAGCUUGGGGUGUCCACACAGAGGGGACCAAGCAGAACCAUGCCUGGGGGGCAGAGCCUCACUCUUCAGGAGACUUGGGUCCCAGCUUGAAUGCCAGCGUGCCGCUGUAACCCUCAGCCACGUUCCCUUCCUGCUCUGGCCUUUACCUCCUAUGCUGUGAAAAAGGAUGUGUUUCCUGUGUCCAGUUCUCCAACUCCAGACACCAACUGGGUAUCCUACAGUUCUCUACUGGAAUUAGAAGGGGCCACAUAGGUGAAGAGUUCAAGACUGCCCCACUUCAGAUACUGAUCAAUCCUAGAUUACAACCUGUACUCCUUUAUUUUUUAAUUAAAAAAAUUUUUUACCUAUUUAUUUAUUUUUGGCCUCGCUGAGCAUGCUAACCAGGAUUUGAACCUGUGCCCCCUGCAGUGGAAGUGCAGCAUCCUAACCUUACUGGAGCGCUAAGAAGUUCGCUGCCCCCUGUACUUCUUAACGACUGACUAUAAACCCGAGAGUUUCCACUACCCAUUCCUCAGGUUCAGUAAUUUGCUAAAACAACUCACAGACUAUUUCCAGUUGAUUAUAAAGAAAACAACUCAGGGACAUGGAAGAGACCCGCAGGGCAAGGUAUGGGGGAGGGGCGGGGAGCUUCCCUGCCCUCUCCAGGUACCUCAUCUUCUGAGCAUCCCCUGUGUUCACCAAUGGGAUGAAAUCACUGGCAUUUGGGGAUUAACUCAAAAUCCAGCCAUCUCCCCUCCCAGGAGGUCUGGGAAGUGGGGGCUGAAACUUAGUAGGAAAUGGCAACCCAUUCCAUUAUUCUUGUCUGAAGAAUCCCAUGGACAGAGGAGCCAGUGGGCUAAGGUCCAUGAGGUUGCAAAGAGAAGAGCACUAAAUGACUUCGCACAGCACGAUCAUGCCUUGGUCUUUUUGGAGAACAGCCCCCAUUCUGAAGCUAUUUAAGUGCUUUGGGCCACUGCUUUUGUUAUUAGCAUACAAAAGACACAUCCCUCCGGAGUUCACCAAAAUUUUAGAAGCUGUGUGCUAAAAACCAAGGACAAAGAUCAGAUAUAUCUUGGGACUUAUCUGGUGGUCCAGUGGAUAAAGACUCCAUGCUCAGAGGGCAGGGAACCCAGGUUGGAUUCCUGGUCACGGAGCUAGAUCCCACAUGUGAAAACUAAAAGUUGCAUGCUGCAACGAAGACCCUGCACAACCAAAAAAGGAUCAAGUGUGUCUUACACCUUCCUGCUAAAUGGCAGCAUGGGAGCCUUUGACCUCCCUCGAAGGAGCCUCGGGGCUCAGUGGAAGCCCAGUCUUUUUACUAGCCUGUGCCAAGAAGGAGUUUUUGGAAACCACAGAUCUGACCCCUCCUUGAUACUUUUCUGGAAAAAAGGCUUUGACUGCACUUGGCCCUGGGCAUGUGUCUCUUUCCAGGCUCCACCUCCCCACCCAAACUACUGCCUUUCCUUCUGGCCUCAGGGCCUUUGCACAGCUGCCUAGCCUGAUACACUUCUUCCCUCAGCCACACAGCUCAUCUCCACCUUUCAGCUUCUGCUUGCAGGUGCCCUUACGGGGCUCCAUCGGUGCUCUGUGCUUCUACUAUUAUUGCCUUGGUCACCCUGGAUUUGUGUUUGGCUCUCUUAGGGCCUGGAUAGGAGCUAUCCUGGUGACUGCUGAAACAAAAGACUGACGUUUUGUCCAACUGCCAUGUCCCUGGUUUUGCCCAGAACCUCACCCAUGGUGUGGAAAAGACAGGGUCUUUGGAGAGGAAGGCUGAGCAUCCCCGAAGGCCUCUUGCUUGGAUGUCCCCCCAACCCUGCAGGCUCCCCAGGGAGGCCAGCCAGAGGCCUGUGGGCCAGGCUGUGUGGCUUUGGCAGGACUUUGCUGAGCUGAGGCCAAAGUGUGUGUCAGCCGGGACCCAGCCAGCAGUGAUUCACACCAGGCCUUGGCCCAGCCCCAGGAGGUGACUGGGGAUGGUGGCCUCACUUCCCCUUCCAGGACUGUGGCUCAGGGUCAGUGCCCACUUUUGCCAAGCAGUGGUAAGUUGCCAAGGGGCCCUGGACCUGGCACUACCCUAAGGAGCCCCCAUCCUCCACAGCGGGAGCCCAGAGCCUGUGCUCCUUUGCUUUAAACCCUCUCAUGGCUUCCCUGCACCUUCUCAACAAAACCAAAGCUGCUAUCCUCCUCUCUGAAGCCCCACCCUCACUACCCUCCUUUCCCUCUCUCAAUGGCUUUAGUGCCUCCAUGAUCUCUAUGGUCUUCCCUGGUGACUCAGACAGUAAAGAAUUCUUCCUGCAGUGCGGGACACCUGGGUUUGAUCCUUGGGUCAGAAAGAUCCCCUGGAGUAGGAAAUGGCAAACCACUCCAGUAUUCUUGCCUGGAGAAUUUCAUGGACAGAGGAGCCUGGCAGGCUACAGCCCAUGGGGUAUAAAGAGUCAGACAUGCCUGAGCAACUAACGCUUUCACAAGUUCCCUAAACGUGACCAGCUUGUUCUCACCUCAGGGCCUUUGUAUGUGCCCUGCCAUCCAUCUGGGAUGCCGUUCUCACAGCUGGCCCCCAGGAAUCUCUUUUUCUCUCUCUGUGGGGUUCAGCCCAUCCCACCCCCUCUUUGGUUUGUGAAAUGAUAUAUUUCCUUCUGAAUCCAGUGGGCAAGAAAUGUCACAGCCGUUAGCAAUUUCUGGCUUCUAACUGUAAAUGAGGGCUCCCCAAAGGGGACAAGAUCCCUGCGAUCCAGCAGCUUUCCCUCAUGGUGAUUGCUGAGGAGCUGGGUGGUGUGGGGUUGGGGGAGGAUGCAAAAAGUAGCCACUCACCACACCUGCCAACAAGGAAACAGGCCCCAUAGAUGGCUGAGGUACAUAGGAAAGAAAGCAUUUCAGUGAGCCCAGAGGCUUACAUCUUUUACAUAGUGCGCUAAAUUCCUUAACUUGAUACCUGAUUUUUCUUACUUCACAAUAAUCUUUGAUGUUCUGACUACUUGCUCCCUUUGUUGCAAACUUGGAUAUAGCCUGAUUCCCCCUCCAGCCUCCUUGGAGCAGUUUUCUCAGCGCUACUGAGAAGUUGGCUCCCGGGCUUGGUGUCCUUAACACUCCUACCAAAUAGAACAAUUCUCUAUUUACAGGUUGUGACUAUCUUUUAGUCGACAGGUUCCUUCCUAACAGUUUCACAUCCCCUAAAUUAUUUGAGUUGUUUGUGUCCCCAACACAAGGGUCCCAGCACAGAGUAGGUGUUCAGGAAAUGCCCAAGGGAUGAGAGAGACUGAGGCCAUCUCCGGACACACGAAGGGGGAGAAUUUGGGGUCCCCUCUGUGCUCAGAGCCCUAACUUUUCUAUUUGGGAUGGGCAGGCAAGGUGCAGCAACCACCAUACCCUUCAGCCCUGACCUGGGUCCUGCCCCCUCCCCCAUCCCACUGAGUCAGCCUUCUAGAAUCCCCUCCCAUCAGGAACUGGUAGGGAUUGGCCAGAACCUGGCUGUGAGUCACAAAGCCACCCUGAUACCAGCGCCCCAAGGCUGGCCAUUCAGGCUGGUGGGUUCAGCUUCAAGGGCAGAGUCAGCCCAGGGCAGUGUUGCUGCACAUUGCGUGGGAUGAAGGGCUGAAGGUUGCUGCUUCUUGCAAGCUGGCUUCUGAGACUGCACCUUCUUCUCCUGCUCCUCCUCCAACUCUAUGAUCUUCCAAGGUAUGAAGUCUGUUGUCCCAGCCAGAAGGGGGGACUCCUGUAAAGUAAGUGUCUUAUGCUUCAGGGCUGCCUUAGUGUCUGAAUACUUUGCACCGGGGUACUUCUGAAAUCUAGUCAUCUCUUCAUUUUUUCUUGUACCCAUCCUUCCAUCUGUCAUUGAUCUAUCCAUCAUCUAUGUUAUCCCCCAUCUGAUCCAUCCAGCCAUUCAUCAAUCCACCUCUUUUUCAUUGAUCUCUUUACCAAUUCCUUUACCUUUCUUCAUUCACUCACUCAUUUAUCUACUCAUUUUCCAUCUAUUCACUCACCCACUCAUCUAUCCUCCAUCCCUCCAAUUAUCCUGCUACCCAGAUACCCGUCCAUUUAUCUGUUUACCCUCUCAUCCAUCCAUCCAUCCAUCCAUGUAUCCAUUUCCUUAUUUACUGAUCUGUUUGCCCAUUCAUUCAUCAACUUCAUUUACUCACCCAUUUUCAAUCCAAACAGUCUUAUCUGUUCCUCCAACCCAUCCAAUAUUCAUUCGUCCACUAAUUUAUCCCUUCAGGAUCUAGUCAUCCAUCUACCCAUCCAACCUUCAAUCUGCUCCCCUACUCAUUUACAGCCAAGCUAGCCACUCAGAACAUCUACCUUUUCACAACUGGGAGCCCAGGCCCUGUGACUGAGAUGGGGCCACAGAAAUGAGUCAGGCUUGGUUCCUACCAUCUAAGAAUUCAGAAUACCAUCAGUCAGUGGGAAAAAGCAAAUCACACCAUGCACAUGGACACAGGCAGGAUAUUUCCAAAACAGUAUGAUCAGUGCUGUCCUUAGAGUGUGUUCCAGAUACAGAGGAAAGUUGAAGAGCAGGUAGGUGGUCAGGCGUUCAGGUGAGAAUGUGCCCUGUGUGCUGAUGUCGAAGUAGCCACAGGAUGAUGUGGCCUGGGUACGAAAGGGCACCCGGGCAUGUGACUGGAAGGAGUACCUGCCAAGUGGAGGAGGAAGAUGGCAAGAUACCAGGAACAAGAACAUGCAGAGCUGACCCGCCUAGGAACCAAGACAAUGCAGCAAGCAACACGGCUACAGGCGUCACCCAGUGGGCAGAGCUCCUAUCAGUCCAUCCCCAAUUUCCAAGAUAGAAUGGGGACACUGCGUUCACAGCUACAGGCGUCACCCAGUGGGCAGAGCUCCUAUCAGCCCGAUCCCAGUCUCCAAGACAAACCGGGAACACUGCAUCCACAGCCCCAGAGUGAACCCCCUGCCUCCAAGGAGACCCUUCUGGAACAGCCUGACAAGGACAAGACAGUGGUUCGUCGUGUCCCUCGCCUCCGGGCUGUGGUGGAGAGCCGGGCCUUCAGGAAUGUCCUGGUGGAUGAAAUGGACAUAAUGGUGUCCCAUGCAGCCACCCUCAUUCAAGCCUGUUGGAGGGGAUACCGGCUCCGGCAGAAGCUUAUCUCCCAGAUGAUGGCGGCCAAGGCCAUCCAGGAGGCCUGGCGACGCUUCAACACCAGGCGCCUCCUCCGGUCUGGCAAGACAAUGGAGAAAAAAGCGAAGGUGGAGGAGGGGCAUAUCCCUUACCACCCGCCCCAGCAGGUGCGAUUCCAGCAUCCGGAAGAGGGCAAGUCCCUUCUGGCCCAGCCCACCAUGGUGAACAAGGAGACCCAGUUCCCUUCCUCCGACAGCCUGGCCGCUUAUACCCACCAACUGGCUCUGUUGCAGUCCCAGGGCAUGUCACCGCCUGGGACGUGCUCUGCCGGAGGCCCCAGCGUCACCUUCCUGCCACACCAGACAGUCGCCAUCAAACUUCCAUGUCCCAUGAGUCUCGAUGCGAAGUGCCGCCCAUGCCUGAUGACAAGAACUGUCAGAAGUACCUGCCUUGUCCAAGUAGAAGGGGACCCAAUGAAGACCAAGCAAAUAACUUCCAGAGCCAACAAGGCAGGAGCCAUGGGGCCACCACCAUCUGGAAGGUGCGCCCAGGCAGUUCAAGGACAAUGCAAGACCCAAACCCAGGCCCACAUGGAAGCAGAGGUCCUCAAAAUGCUACCUCAGACAGGCCCAGCGCCUGUGAUAGCCAAGACCCUCACCCAGUCAAGGCCCACUAUGACCACGACCAAGACUCCCUUCCAGAUGUACACGGGAGCCACGAUAACCAAGACCUCGCCCCCGCCUUGCCCAGUGCCCAUGGUAACAAUAGCCAAGACCCCACCCCAGAUGUACCUGGCAGCUGCAAUGACCAAGAUUCCACCAGAGACAGACCCAGCAGCCCCCAUGACCAAGACUGCGGCCCAGACAUGCCCGGCGGCCACCAUGAUCAAGACUCCACUCCAGUCGUGCUUGGCAGCCAUGAUGAACAAGACCCUACCCCAGCCGUGCCCGAUGUCAACUGCCACAAUAACCAAGGCCCCACCCCAGGUGUACCCCCAAGCCCCGGUGGCCAAGAUCCCACCUCAGAUGUGCCCACCAGCCACAGCGACCAAGACCCCACUCCAGUCAUGCCUGGCGGCCAUGAUGAGUAAGAUCCAACCCCAGCCAUGCCCAGUGCCCAUGAUAGCCAUCACCAAAACCCCACCCCAGCCCUGCCCGGUGACCCAAGGGACCAAGACCCCAGCCCCAAUGCGACCAACAGCCUCCACGACCAACACUACACCCCAGACACGACCGGCAGCCACCAUGACGAAGGCCCCACCCCAGCUAGGCCUGCUGGCCUCGAUGAUCAAGUCUCCAACUCAGACACGGCCUGCGGCCACGGCGACCAAAGUCCCGCCCCAGGCGUGUACAGUGCCCUUGCUGACCAAGAUCCCACCCCAGACACGCCCAGCACCCACGGGAACCAAGACCCCACUGCAGACGUGUCAGGUGGCUACAGUGACCAAGACCCUCUCUCAUCAGAUGAUCCAAGGAGCCACGGUGGCGAAAACUGCUCCUCCCCAGACGCGCCUGGCGGCCAUGAUCACCAAGACUCCAGCUCAGUUACGCUCAGUGGCCACCAUCCUCAAAACGCUGUGCCUGCCCCCGUCAGCAGCUGGAAACCCCAAGCCUCCGUUUUCAGCAGCGGCGACAGCUGGAAUUUCCGAUACCUCAUCCCACACGUGUCUAAGUGGACCAAAGGCCAGGGCCACGGUGAACGUGAGACAGGCGACCAGGGCUGUCAAGGUCCCGUCCCGCUCAUACUUGACAGAGGGAAAAGUGAAAUGCUUUCCCCCGUCGCAUCCGGGGGCUGGGGCUCCCAAGCCUCCAGCCAGGCCUCCUUGGGAAGGCGAGAAAAUCAAGGCCUUCUCCCAGAAACAAGGGAAAACGGAAACCACGUCUGACACCAGUAUGGCCGUGGAAAUGCCCGGGGAUCUGACCUGGGCAAAAGUGGCCAGCGAUAGGAACAAGUGGGCACAUCCGAGGACGGACGUCUUGAAGGUUCAAUCCCAGCUGUAUGGGCCUGCAAGAACCGCUGGGGCGCCUCUGAGCACAUGUCUGCCUCAAGAGCAACUGGCCCCUCGUUCAACCACAGGCUUGCCUCAGGCCCAUCUGCUGGCCGAGCUGACUAAGGCCCUGCCCCAGGAGCACGUGUCUGCCAAGUUGACCAUGGCCCAGGGCCAAGGAUACCCACAAGCCCAACCCCCCGCAGCCGUGGCCCAACCACACCUGAGUGUGUGUCUGUCUAAGACGCCGUCCCGGGCACACCUGCCCGCCAAGCUGAUGAAGGCGCAGUCCCAGGCACAGCUGACCACAGCAGUGAUCAAGGUACAGUCCCAAGGGCAUCUCCCCACCGGAUUGACAAAGGCGCAGUCCCAGGCCCAGCUGGUCACAGAUACAGCUAAGAGCCUCUAUGCGGCCCACCAGGCUGCUGAACUCAGCAGCAAGACGCAGUCGCAGCCACUCCUGGUGGGCUUCAAGGCUUCCACCCAGCCCUGCCAGCACAUUGGCGCUCUGCCUCGAGCCAAGCCAGAAGACAGACUGACCCAGCUCUCAUCCCACAGCUACAUGCAGGGCAAGGCCACCCUGGGCCUGCACCAGGGGGUCUCUGAGACCCAGAACAUGCUGGUGCCUCUGCUGGCCUCUGCUGGCCACACCACGUGCAACGCUGAACCCUGGGGGGACAGCAGGGCUGCCCGGGCCCAGCCGUCAACCCCCAGCGCAGCCCCACCCAGCCAGGAGGAGCUAGCGGCCUCCCAACUCGCCUCCCUGUGUGCUGAGCUGGCCGCCGUGCUGGGCUCCCAGGAGGACCUCCGCGCCCUGCUGGCCAAAGCCCUCUCCCAGGGGGAGGUGAGGGCGGCCCUGAACCAGGCCCUGUCCAAAGAAGUCUUGGGAGCCACGAUGGCCAAGGCCUUGCCCCAGGGCAUCCUGGGCACGGUGCUGGUGAAGGCGCUCUCCUGGGGCGAGCUGGGCACCAGCCUGUCCCGCGCACUGUCCCGGGGCGAGCUCACUAAGGCCAUUCAGAGUAGACUGGUGGACGUGCUUAGCAAGGCCCUGACGGAGGAGGAGCGCGCCACCUUGCGCCAGGCCCUGUGUCAGGGCGAGCUGGGUGCAGUCCUCAGCCAAUCUCUCUCUCAGGCGGCCCUGAGGUCUGGAGUCGGCCUCCCCAAGGCUGCCUCUGAAACGAUGGGAAGUGGGAUGACCGUGAUGCCGGCCCCCGUGGAGGUGGACUGCAGGGGGAGCCUGUCGGCCGCGUGGGGGCCCACCCUGCGCCCCAUGAGACUACAGCCCAGCAAGGUUAGGGUUCCCUGGGGUGGGGCCUGGGAGGGUUUUGUCACAGGCUGGCCGUCCGGGCUCUUGGAAGACAGGGGGGAUGGGGCUAUGCUCGGGGGGUCACCCUGCUCAUCCGUGGUCUCUGUAGGUGCCUCCUUGAUUGCUGGGGUGAUCACCAUUCACCAGUAUCCCCCUUUUUCUGCCCCGGGUCCCACUCUGUCAUGGGAGAUGGGACCCAGCAGAAGCCCCUUAAAUCUGGACCUGACCCCCAAGGUCUGUGAGGAAAGAGUGUGCCUGCACCCCAGGGUGAGUGAAUUGGCAUCAGCUCUCGGCCCAAUGGUGAGUGAUGUGGACCCCAACUUGCCCAACGUGCCCCACCAACAGCCGGCCUCCGGUCUGUGGCAGCCACUCCUUGCCAAUGGCGUGGGCCCGAGCACCAGCCAGCCGUCACUGGCCACUGGCAGCUCAACCACAAGCACCCACAGUCCACACGCGGUCAGCAGGGUGGCCCCACACACAAGGGCAUCCCCAGGGGAGUGCAGGUUAGCACCGGGCAAGCUUCCCAGCACCACAGGUCGUGGGAGCGGCACCCACUCCCACAGCUGUGCCACCAACUAUGGGGGGUCUGUUUGCUGGUGUCAGCCCUCGGGGAUCAGCAGGGCACCCCCCAGUGGGGGCCAACCCCAAGGGGCCAAAGUUCCACAACAGCUACCUGUGGUCCCCGAGGAGACCGUGCAGAGAACUCGGUCCCCGAAUCAUAAACAAGGCUGCAGGGGCCCUAGGCAGGUGACCAAAGAAGCGACCCCAGUUCCGCCACAGGCCUCCACAGUGAGCAAAGCACAACUGCAUGCCCCCAAGGCCUGCGUCAUAACCCCAGGUCCCUGGCCCGGCUCCGUGGCUCCUGGUCGUUGCUGGACACCCAAGCGACGGGGUCCGGUGGAUCCCGGUCUGAUCCAUGCCUCCCCAGGCAAUAAGCUGACACCCACCCUUUCCCGAACAGCCAUCCCUGGGAAGGAGAAGAAUCAAACACGGGGUAGCCUUUCCAGGGCACAUGGCCCACAGGAGCGGAUAACUGGCCAUAUACUUAGUGAACUGGUGGCCAAUAUGCCACAAGGUCCAGACAAUGACCUGUCCAGAAGCUUCUCCCAGGGCUCCACAGACUACGGCCUAAAUAUGAGCAAUUCCCAGAGCUCGCCGCGCAGCUGCGGCUCACUCAGCCUUUCCACCACGUCUAUGGCCAGCAUGGCCGCUGUUGACGUGGUGGACGAGGAGCCCUGGGAAGCCAGCUUGGACAGGGACUUUGAUCUAGAUGCUCUCCUCUUCGCAGAGGCCAUGGAGAGGUCCCAGGGACCCAGGAGUGUGGAAGAGACUGAGGGAGCAGGUCACAGGCACCUGGCCCCAAGCCUCCAUGACCACCAGUCUUCUGCAGACUCAGAACUGAUCCCCAUUCUACAGCAUAGCUCACUGGCCAGUCGCAUGACACUGAGUGUGCACUGGGACUCAGAGGAUGAGGAAGACAUGUCCUCAGAUCAGAGUUCCAUGAAUCUGAAGGAGAGUUUGUCCCAGGCACCCUAUGGGACUGUGUUGACCAGAAGUUUGUCAUUGAGUAACGUGGUCCCUACUGUCUAUCAGCAGCCGUCUGUGGCUGGUAGGUUGACCUCAUGCCUAUCUCAGCCUGUAGUAGCCAGUAAGGUGGCCUCAAAUCCAGGCCAUCUCUCUAUGGCCAGUAGAAUGACAAGCAGCCUAUCUGAGCCAUCUGUGGUCAAUAAGGUGACUCCCAGCUUAGGCCAGAUGUCCAGGACCAAGAAGGUGUCCCUCAGCCUAGGCCAGCCAUUGAUAGUUGAGGGGGUGGUUCCCAGCUUUUCACAGCCAAUCAUGGCCUGCAGACUGGCUCUGAGCCUGGCCCAGCCAUCUAUGACCAGUGGGGUGGCCUCUAGUCUCACCCAGCCACCUGUGACCAGUGGGGUGACUCCCACACUUGCCCAUCCACCUGUGACCAGUGAGGUGGCCCCUAGACUAGCCCAGCCAACUAUGCCGACUAGGGCGGCCCCUAGCCUAGCCCAACCACCUGUGACCAGUGGGGCGGCCCGCAGCUUGACCCAGACAUCUGUGACUGGUGGGGUGGUCCCCAGCCUAGGCCAGGCAUCUAAGGUUUCUGGGGUAGAGCCCAGUCUAGCCCAGUCACCUAUGACCACUGGGGUGGCCCCUAGCCUAAGCCAGCCAUCUUUUACUAGUGGGAUGGCUCCUAGCUUAGGCCAGCCUUCUAUGACUUGUGUGGUGGCCCCCCGCCUAGCCCAGCCAUCUGUGGCCACCAGGGGGACCCCCAGCCUGGCCCAGCUACCUGUGAUCAGUGGUACAGGUUGUGCUAUGAGUCAGCCCAGUUGGGCCCCUAGGGUGAGUCCAAAUUUACCAUCCUCCAGGGUGAACGCAGUGGCUCCCAGUCAGCAUUAUUCAUCCUUUGCCACUGAAGUCACCUCGGGUGCACCAUGUGCAUCAGUGGCUAAUGGCAUGGGCCAGGGUCUGAGCCAGCCAGCCGUGUCUGCUAGGGUGGACCCACGUCAAGAUCCUCUGACGGUCAGAGGGGUGGUCCCGCAUCCCCAGGUCCCCGAGUUCAGCGAGGUGGCCCUGGGCUUUCAUCAGCUGCCUGGUAUUGGUGGGAGGCACCCAAGAGUAACGGAACAACCUGCUGUCAUCGUUUCUGCUCCAAAGCUCUACCAGGCGCCUGUGGCCAGUGGGGAGCACUCUUGUCUAGGCCAGGAAGCCAGUGUGUCUCUGUUCAGGGGCAUGUCUGUGAGCAGAUCCCAGGGUGCCACAGCCUCCGAAGUGCUCCCAGAUGUGUCUCAGGGGACUCUGGCUACUGGCAUGUUCCUGAGUAUGUCUCAGGUACCCAUGUCCCCUGGCAGAUCAGGGAGGGUGGCCCAGAGGAGUGUGGCUACUGCUAUGGGCCCAAGCCAAUCUCAGAUGAGCAGGGGCAUGGCUCCCAUGACAUCCCGUGCCUCUGUGGCUGCUGCCCCUUUGACUCAUGAAUCGGCCAGGAUGGCUCCUGGCUUCUCUCAGGCUUCAGUGUCCAGUAGACUGGGUGUGAGUUCGUCUAAGUUUUCCGUGACCAGUGUGGGCCCCAGCAUAUCUCAGGUCAGUGUGGAUCUUCCAGUAUCUCUGGACCACCGGUGUCCUUCUGUGUCCACAAUCUCCAGUAGUUACCAACAAGCUGAUGUUGUCAGCCAGGAGCCUGCAAUGGGCAUUCCCAGUGCUGUGGUGCCAGGUUCUAUAGCAGGUAGGAUCACCACAACUGUGGCCCCAGGUUCUAUAGCCGGUGGCAUGGCCUCUAGUCUCCCCCCAGGGUCCAUGAUCACAGGCAUGGGCCAGAGCCUUCCUCCAGGGCCCAUAUUGAGUUGUGUGGCCCCCAGCCUUCCACCAGGUUAUGUGGUCAAUGGUGUAGUCCAUACUCUUCCCCCAGGGUCUGUGAUCAGUGGCGUGGGCCUGGGCCUCCCUCCAGGGUCUGUGAUCGGUGGUGUGGGCCUGGGCCUCCCCCCAGGGUCUGUGAUCGGUGGCGUGGGCCUGGGCCUUCCCCCAGGGUCUGUGAUCUGUGGCUUGGGUCAGGGCCUUCCCCCAGGAUCCGUGAUCAGUGGCGUGGGCCAGGGUCUUCCCCCAGGGCCUGUGAUCGGUGUUGUGGGCCAGGGCCUUCCCCCGGGGUCUGUGAUUGGUGGUGUGGGCCUGGGCCUUCCCCCAGGGUCUGUGAUUGGUGGCCUGGGCCAGGGCCUUCCCGCUGGGUCUGUGAUUGGUGGCGUGGGCCAGGGUCUUCCCCCAGGGUCUGUGAUUGGUGGCCUGGGCCAGGGCCUUCCCCCGGGGUCUGUGAUUGGUGGCCUGGGCCAGGGCCUUUCCCCAGGGCCUGUGAUUGGUGGCAUGGGCCAGGGCCUUGCUCUAGAUCCCAUUAGCAGCACUGUAGCCCAGGGCCUUCCUCCAGGGUCUGGGGCAACUGGCAUGGCCAGAACUGUGCCUAUGAGUUCUGUGGCGACUUCAGUGUCCCCCAGUCUGAUUGCAGCAUCUGGCAGUGAUGGGAAGAAGCAAGGUCUCUCGAUGAAACCGUCAGCUAGUCUAAUUGCUCCGGACCUGCUCUUAGAUUCAGUGCUAGGUGCAGUGGACUCCAGAAUCCCUCCUUGUCCUGUGAACUCUACUGUGGAUACAGCAUCUAUGCCUGGGGGACUCAGUCAGAACCUAGUUCUGGAGUCCAUGGCUAGUACAGCCAGUCCGCCCUCCACAGUGGGAGGCGUGGCUCCGAGCCUUCCCCAGGGGUCCCUGCUGAUUGGAAUCUCUCCUCGUCCAUACCAUGGGGGCCUGGCAGGGGAAGGGUCCACAACCACCUUGCAGGCAUCCCAUCCCCCUGGCCUGGCUCAAGCUCCCCUCCAGGAAGCUCCUGGCAUGGCCGGUGGAGUAUACCAAGUGCCUUCGGUUCUGCAAAGAGCCUCACAGUUGAACCAGGCUCUUGGGGUGGUGACGGCAUUUGAGACCACAGAUCCCAAGACUGUGAUGAGGCCAGAGGACCCGGGCAGGGCUCCUCCCCAGGGGCCCGUAUCCAGGCAGGGGUCCGAAGUCCUUGCGGCAACCCCAUGGAUAUAUCAUAGUCCCCUGGCAAUAGACACUGACUACAGCCAAGAAUUCCCUGUAGAGAAUGAGGCUCUUCCCAAAGACCAGAGGCCGCUAUUGGAGGAGGUAGCUCCCGGCCAAGCUAAGUCAAUGCCCAGCAGUGUGGCCUCUGUCCUUCCCCAGUCCCUGAGUCUUGCCAAGCCCUCCACGGUCAGUAGUGGCACCCCAACCCUGCAGCAGAGGUCAGAGACCAAUUUGGUGGCCCCUGGUUCCCACACUGUGGCUGCCAGCCCCAGUGUGCAGACGGUGCCCAUCAAGGGCACUGGGGCCCCACUGACUCACCCGCAGACGCCAAGCUCUCACACUACACUCCGGAGCCCCUCGGCUUAUCAAAAGGCUUUGGUGGCUCAUAUACUGCCCCAGAGCCCCUCAGUGACUCACCAGUCCCGUGGGAUCAUGGCUUCUACUGGAGUCUCAGGGUCACCCAAGCCGACCCAUGACAAUACUGCGGCCACCGGUCUACACCCAAGGUCUGUGGCUAGGACGGGGACCCCUAGAACUUCCCGGAGGUCACAGCCACAUGUUGCACCUCAUCCAUCCCUGAUUAGAAAGAUGAUGUACAGUGGUUUCCAGAAGGAAGCCAUUCCCAGCGCACCCCAGAAGACAGCAGCUGGCGGUCUGAUUCAGAAUGGCCACGGGCCCCUUGGCCCUAGAACAUCCUUCAGGUCCAUGCAUGCUAUUUCUGUACCAGAAAAGCCAGACAGUUCUGCAGCUGGGACUGUGCCCUCCGGUCAGGAGCAGCAGGAUGCCCCCAAGUCCUCGCAGAAAUUAUCUAAACAUUCCCUGCGUGCACCGCCAGACUUAACGCCAAUAAUCCACACUAAUGAGCUGGCACACGGCAUGGCCAACUCUAAGCUGAACCCGGGGAUUCGGAGGGUGUCUCUGGGUUAUGAGUCUUCACCAAGGGGUUCCCGGCGGCCCCUUUUUAGGCAGGAGUUGCCGCAGGCGUCUCCAAUUUCCCUUAGCUUUGUGGCUCCUGCAGAGAGUCUCAGGGCAUCCGCGACUCCCGCUGACAUUCUUGGAACUUCUGUGACUCCUGCUGAGAGUCUCAGGGCAUCCCUGACUCCGGCAGACAGUCUUGGGGCAUCCCUGACUCCAGCUGACAAUCUUGGGGCAUCCCUGACUCCAGCUGGCAGUCUUGGGGCGUCCCUGACUACGGCUGACAAUCUGGGGGCGUCCCUGACUCCGGCUGACAGUCUCGGGGCGUCCCUGACUCCGGCUGACAGUCUUGGGGCAUCCCUGACUCCGGCUGACCAUCUUGGGGCGUCCCUGACUCCAGCAGACAGUCUCGGGACAUCCCUGACUCCGGCUGACCAUCUCGGGGCUUCCCUGACUCCGGCUGACAGUCUCGGGGCGUCCCUGACUCCGGCUGACAGUCUUGGGGCAUCCCUGACUCCGGCUGACCAUCUUGGGGCGUCCCUGACUCCAGCAGACAGUCUCGGGACAUCCCUGACUCCGGCUGACCAUCUCGGGGCUUCCCUGACUCCGGCUGACAGUCUCGGGGCAUCCCUGACUCCGGCUGACAAUCUGGGGGCGUCCCUGACUCCGGCUGACAGUCUCAGGGCGCCCCUGGCUCCAGUUGACAGUUUCGGGGUGUCCCUGACUCAAGCUGACCAUCUUGGGGUGCCCCUGACCCCAGCUGACAGUCUCGGGACGUCCCUGACUCCAGCUGACAGUCUCGGGAUGUCCCUGACUCCCGCUGUACUCCAGGGCCCGGAGGACACUGCCAUGUCUGGUGGCCAAGCGUGGAAUUCUACCAUCCCCAGCGUAGCAGUUGGGCCCAGGGACAGCACCAUGGCCCCUGGCGGCGCUUGGGAGCCAGCUGGGGGCACUGUGCCGUGGGACGUCGUGGGCAGCAAGGCAGCGGUGGACCCCAGACAGCCGAGGGAGUUGGUGGCAUCAGUGCAGGCUGUAGAGAAGAUAACCAUCCACGCUGCGGUCAUUAUCCAGGCGUGUGCACGUGGCUUCCUGGUGCGCCGUACCAUCAAGGUGUGGCACCAGUGGGCCAUCAUCAUCCAGGCUGCCUGGCGUGGCUACUGUGUGCGGCGGGACCUGGCCCGCCUCUGCCAAGCUGCCACCAUCAUCCAGGCCGCGUGGAGAGGCUUCGUCAUUCGCCAGAGCCGCACCCAGCAAAUGCUGCUCCAGAACGUGUGGGCUAAGACCGGCAGUGGGGCCAGGACGACGUCUGACCACCGCUGCUUCCAGUCCUGCCAGCCCCAUGUCUGUGCUCUCUGCCAGUCACUGACCUCCGGACUCGGAAGCCCACCCAGCGUGGUGAUGCUUGUGGGUUCCAGUCCCCGCACAUGCCACACGUGCGGCCACACCCUGCCCACCCGGGUGGUGCAUGGCACGGGCCGGGGUGCUGCCAGCCAGGCUGGUGUGCCACGGGGCUGCCUGACCCAGUCAACCGCCCAGAGCCUUUGGCGGCCACCCCAUCGUCAGACCAAGGCAGCCACGGCCAUCCAGUCUGCCUGGAGGGGCUUUGUCGUGCGUCGUCGGCUGAAGCAGCAACAGGAAGCAGCCAAGAUGCUUCAAGCCACCUGGCGCGGCCAAAGCACCCGGGCCUCCCUCACCACGAAUGCGCUCCUGGGGCCAGCGGUGUGGGACAACUCACGACACACGCAGUGGCCAGGCGUCUAGGACCUUGGCUUACUGGUGGGGGGAUGCCAGGGGAGGGGCCGCAUGGCUCUCUGGGUUUCAUGAAUAAAGCCCUCCACAGCCUGGA